AGAGCGGGAAAAACGUCCAUCCAGCAGGUCCUUUUCAACAAUUUACCCCCAAAGCAGACAUUCUAUCUUGAAACGACAAUUCGCAUCGUGAAGCAUGCUGUCGACACAGUCAUUCCUCUUGAAAUAUGGGAUUGCCCCGGAAACGUAACCGUGGAAACGCUUGGAACCCCUCUAUCUCAAUUCUCGACCAUUAUCUUUGUCAUCGACAUCCGAGAUUUAUAUAACAAACCGAUAUCAACACUCGUCGAGUUUAUCGUCGCGGCGGAUCAGCAGAACCCGAACAUUGGCUUGGAGGUCUUUGUUCACAAGGCGGAAAAACUCCAAGAUGAUGAUAAGAUUGAGAGUUUCCGGCAAAUCCACGAGCGUGUAUUAGAUCGCCUGUUGGAUAUUUCUCCGGACUAUGAGCAGAUUCAGCUCAACUUUCACCUAACAUCUGUUUAUGACCAUUCCCUCCAUGAAGCCUUCUCGCGUGUCCUCCACAAACUCGUACCCACUCUUCCAUAUCUCGAAGAAAUCCUCAACGUGUUUUGCGCGAAUUCGCAAGCGCCAAAAGCGUUCCUUUUUGACAUAAGAUCGCGUUUAUACAUCGCAACAGAUGCAUCACCCGUAGAUUCCGCCACUCAUAACCUAUUUUGUGACUACCUUCUCAUGCUAAACUCAUUUGGACCCCUAUACAAGUGUGUUUUCAAAGUUUCUGCCGUACUUUAA